CCCCCCGCCAACCAAGCACUCCCCGCAAAGUAAACAAAACGCCUCGCCAUCUUCCACCACAUCCAUCAAGCACACACCGAACCAUCAUGUCGACAAAACCGCCGUCAAAGUCCUCAAGGGACCCCAAGGAUAAGGAAAAGGCAAAGACACAUAAGCUUGCCCUCAAGGGGUCAGCAAAACUCGUCGCCGAGUUUUUCCAAUACUCCAUACACACAAUCCUCUUCCAGCGCGGUGUGUACCCCGCCGAAGACUUCUCCGCCGUCAAGAAAUAUGGCCUCAACAUGCUGGUUUCCUCCGACGACCAGGUCAAAGCAUAUAUCCGCAAGAUCAUGUCCCAAUUAGACAAGUGGAUGGUUGGAGGUAAAAUCUCAAAGCUCGUGAUUGUCAUCACAGACAAGGACACGGGGGAGCACGUCGAGCGGUGGCAGUUUGAUGUGCAAAUCUUCCAGCCGACCAAGUCAAAGUCAAAACCGACCGACGAGAACGCGUCCAGAUCAGCGGCAGCCGCCUCAAGCGCCACCCAGACCGAGGAGAAGACUGAGCAAGAGAUCCAGGCGGAGAUCGCCGCCAUCUUCCGCCAGAUCACUGCGUCCGUCACUUUCCUCCCACAGCUCUCGGGCGACUGCACGUUCAACGUGCUCGUGUAUGCCGACGCCGACUCGGACGUCCCCGUGGAAUGGGGCGACUCGGAUGCCAAGGAGAUUGAGAACGGAGAAAGGGUACAAUUACGCGGGUUCAGCACGGCCAACCACCGGGUCGAUACACUGGUCAGCUAUCGCCUAGGCGAGUGACGAGCUAUAGGUCGUGGGAAAUGGGAUUGGGAAUCAAUGCUACUGCAGGAUAGUAGCAAUGGGCGUUGAUGUGUAACAUAAUGUGUACGAAUGGCUUUGAAG